AUGGACUCCUUCUCCUCUGAAGACGAAAAGCAGGUCUCGACCGACGACGGUGUCUACGAGAAAACCUCCUCCUUCUCAAAGUCUUCCUACAGAAAAGACCUCACCGACCGUGUUGCUUCCGCCAACGAUGUCAAGCUUGCAAUCAGUCGCAUCGACGAGCUCUCUCUCGACCAGGCUCUUGACAUCCUCAGAACCGCCGCAGACUAUCAUAAAGAUGACAUGAACUUCUCCGAAGAGGCAAUGGCCAAGAUCCAGCUCAUCCUCCAGGGCCCCGAGGCGUACCCCGCUGACGCCGAGGUCUAUGAAUUCGACGCAAAAGUCGAAGCCGCUCUCAUCAAGUUCUUCUCUCCCUACCCCGAAGUUCGCUCAAUUGCGUCUAUUGAUGACGAGGAAGAUGUACCGGUCGAGUCUCUCCGUGCCUAUGUCAUCCUAGUCGUCUGGACCAUCGUCGGCUCUGGUGUCAACCAAUUCUUCAGCUCGCGUCUUCCCCAGAUCACCCUCACGACCGACAUCAUGCAGCUUCUAAUUUACUUCACCGCGAGAGUCCUCGAGUUUCUUCCUGACGUUGGCUUCACUGUCUUUGGAACUCGAGUCUCAGCCAAUCCUGGCCCUUGGUCCUUCAAAGAGCAAAUGUUCUGCACUAUCGCAAUCAAUGCCGGCAUGACGACUCCCUACGUUACCCAGGCAAACAUCAUUGUCCAGAAACUAGACCUCUUCUAUGGAAGUACCUGGGUCAGCAUCGGCUACCAGUUCCUCUUGGUACUCUCAAGUCAGUUCAUGGGCUUUGGCUACGCCGGUCUCAUGCGCCGUCUGGCUGUUUACCCCAUCAAAGCUCUUUGGCCUAUCGUCCUUCCUAGUCUUGCUAUGAACCGCGCUCUAGUGUCGAACCGCAAGAACGAGAUCGCCAACGGCUGGAAGAUUUCCGGGGUCAAGUUCUUCUUCAUCGUCUUUGCCGCUUCGUUCCUGUGGGCCUGGAUCCCAGACUACCUCUUUCCUGCUCUUAGCGAGUUUGACUGGAUGACCUGGAUCGCGCCGAAUAACUUCAAUCUUGUUGCAAUCACCGGUAUUUCAAUGGGCAUGGGAAUCAACCCGAUUCCUAGCUUUGACUGGGGUGUUAUUGGCUACAGUUCGCCGCUUGUUUUACCGUUCUUCUCGUUCGUCAAUUACUUUAUUGGGACAGCUCUUGGUACCCUUAUCAUCAUUGGCAUGUACUACUCCAACUAUCGCUGGACGGCCUACAUGCCUAUCAAUACCAACACGGUGGUCUCCAACACCAUGGAUGCAUUUGACGUCUCGAUGGUGUUAUCCCAAAACGGCACGUUCGACGAAUCUCUCUACCAGCAAUACUCUCCUGCCUUCUUCUCCGCCGGAUUCUUGAUUUCCUACGGCUCUGUGUUUGCCCUUUACCCAGCUCUGCUGGUUUGGACUGGACUCAACUAUUGGAGAAGCAUGGCGAGCGCGUUUGUCGACUUUUAUCAAGCAGUCAAAGACCGCUCGCGAUCGAUGUAUGCCCAGUUCACAGACCCGUUCUCGGAGUACAUGCGCAAGCACAAAGAGGUUCCGGAUUGGUGGUUUCUAGUCGUCCUGCUGAUCUCGUUCAUAUUCGCGGUCGUGUGUCUCACUGUCUAUCCCACGCAGACCUCUGUCGGAGGACUUAUUCUGAUUAUGUUUAUCAACAUGGUGUUUUUGGUACCGGUCACGUUGCUCAAUGCGACCACGGGUGUAUCCAUGGGUCUCAAUAUCAUCACCGAGCUUAUCUCAGGAAAGAUGUACCCUGGAAACCCCAACGCGCUGAUGACACUCAAGGCGUACGGUGUAAUGAUUGACGGCCAGGCUGCUACCUAUAUCUCUGACCAGAAGGCGGCACAUUAUACCAAGGUACCUCCGCGAGCGGUUUUCCGCGGACAGAUUCUUGCCACUUUGCUCGCUGCGAUUGUCAGUAUUGGAGUGCUGAACUGGCAGAUGGGCCACGUCACGGACUUUUGCUCGCAGCUGCAGACAGAGUCGUUUACCUGUCCGAGUGCUUACAGCUUUUUCUCUGCGUCGAUCAUGUUUGGAAUUCUGGGACCCAAGAAGAUGUUUGAUGGACUGUACCCGAUCUUGCCUUGGUGCUUCCUCAUCGGAGCGCUCAUCACGAUCCCGUUCUUUUUCGCACGAAAGUAUUUCUUCCGGUACUUUAGAUCGUUCCACCCGCUGCUUGUCAUUGGCGGGAUGACUAUCUUUGGCGCGUACAACAUCUCAUACUACAUCCCUGGUCUGUACAUGUCAUUUGUGUUUAUGUACUACAUCCGUCGCAAGUACCUGGCCUGGUGGGAGAAGUACAACUACCUGCUCUCAUCCGCCCUGGGCGCCGGUCUUGCGUUCUCGGUCAUCAUCAUCUUCUUCUCCGUUCAAUAUCACCCGAAGGACGUCGUUUGGUGGGGUUUGACCGUGCUGUACUCUGGCAUCGAGGCUGGAAUAGGUCAGGUCUCGCGUCUACCGGUUCCUGAGGUUGGUUACUUUGGGCCUGCUCCUGGUCACUAUCCUUGA